AUGGCGCAGGAAAGGUCAAAAGUCCCAGAUCACGAGAGCGUAACACAAGAAAACCAAGAACAAGAGACGCCGCCAGCAACACAGCGAACAGGAGCAGUACCGUGUAUUUCUCCACCAGAGAUCCUAGGCGAAAAAUUCGCACCUUACAACCCCACCUCAUGGCCCAAGAUCCCCUCUGGACUCCCUUCUGAUCUGUGGACCCCCAUACAAUGCGCACCCGCUAACUUCACGCCCGACCACUUUCUUUCCGUGUGCCAUAAUCUACUCGAAAACCCCAAUCUCACCGCCUCGCAUCUUUCGCGUGCAGAGCUCUCGUACACCAGCUUCACGGACGCAACAUUCAACCCGCAGGCCGAGACGCCCGAGGAACUCGCUAACAUCAUCAAGCACCUACGCCCAGAAUGCCGGCCACGGCUAAUCCGAGGCGGACUGCCAGGAUACACACUUGACUACACAGUUGUGCGGAAACUGGUGCCACGGAAUCCUAAGUUGGACGAUGCACUUAUGCAGACUUGUCAUUUGUUUGUUUCAGAAGAGGAUAUCACGGUGACUACUGUGGAUGAAGAAAAAGAAGAGACGGUCAAGGCAGAAAGACACAUGGUCAUUUACAUUCCGCAUGUUGACGACACCGACAGUGGUGCCGAAGCGAUUCCCUACUACCAUCCCAAAGUCCGCGCUUUGGCAAUCCUGUACACGUAUUUUCCUACGAAAUCUGACGCACCCUCUGGCCUGGAGUCACCGGGCUUGCUAUCUGUCUACUACAACCUUUUUCCUCAAGUACCACUGGACAAUCGACUCGAGCGCACAGCACUCAAGCUUGCAGAGAUCAUACACAAGCAUGCGCGCGGUCGACAGGCAGGCUACAGGAAACGCGUGCAUCAUGAUCGGAUAAUCGGACAAAAACGAUUCCAAGACACGUAUGCAUAUCUCAAGGGCAAAUACGCAAAGGAUCUCAUCACCGCAUGGAUCGAGCAAACACCACCCGAGAAACAUGUCUUCGAGGAUCUAGGCAUCGCCGCCUUUCUUGAGGAACUCUGGGUAGACAUGUACGGCGGCGAAGCCAACUCCGAAGUACCCGACGACGAAGUAUCUAAAUCUGAAAGAAAGAAGGCAGCACAAUCAAACUUCCCCGGCUUCGUAGACAUCGGCUGCGGCAACGGCCUCCUCGUUUCCAUCUUAACCACCCAAGGCUGGUCCGGCUGGGGUUUCGACGCGCGCAGCAGAAAAUCCUGGGAUACAUUCCCUCCAUCGCACGCUGAAAAACUCAAGGAAAUGCUACUCGUACCAGCUAUCAUCCAAGCCUCUCCUUCUCUUUCACCAAUCACGCCUGAAACCCUUUCGUCCACGACAACAACGACACCCCACCACAGCGGCAUCUUCCCCCCAAAAACCUUCAUAAUCAGCAAUCAUGCCGACGAACUCACACCCUGGACUCCUCUUCUCGCAUAUCUGAAUUCCUCACCUUUCAUCGCUAUACCAUGCUGCAGCCAUGAUCUAGGCGGCACACGGUUCCGUGCGCCGGUGCAUGCUAAACACCUUGUUGCAGACCCGGCGACUGAGAAGGCACGGAAGAAGAACAAGCAGCCAUCGGCGUAUGCGAGUCUUUGCUCGUGGGUGUGUCAUUUGGCGGAGGAGACGGGGUUUGAGGUUGAGAAGGAGUAUUUGAGGAUUCCUAGUACGAGGAAUGUGGCAGUGGUGGGGAGGAGGCAGGUAGUACAUAAGGAAGGGGAUAUGCAAGGCGGUGAUUUGGAGAUGGAAAAGAGAAUGAGUUUCUUGAAGGAAUUGGUUGAAAAGGAGAUGGGUGAGUUGAGUGUUGAGCAAGUAGGGAGUAUGUGGAUGAACAGUGGGGAUGGGUUACUGAAGCCAGGAAAAGGCGGACAUUGA